GACCAAUAAUGACCAGCCAACGUGUAGGUUAUCUAAAAUGUUGAUGGUGGCCAUGAGGCAAAAUAUGGUGCUGUAUAGGACGAUGUGGACAAUAUUUGUUAUAUUUUUUGGGAUUAUUUCCAUUGUAAGUGCUGGAGGAGACACUUUAGUGCUAGUUGAUAAUCUUGCAAUUAAGGAAACACAUUCGAUGUUCUUUAAAUCUUUACAAGAAAGAGGGUACUUGCUCACUUUUAAAUCAGCUGAUGAUGCAAGUCUUGUCCUUUCAAAAUAUGGUGAAUUUUUGUAUGAGCAUCUCAUUAUUUUUGCACCUUCAGUUGAGGAAUUUGGCGGAUCUGUUAGUGUUGAGACCAUAACAGAAUUUAUUGAUGGUGGAGGUAAUGUCCUUGUUGCUGGAAGCUCUAAUUCUGGAGAUGUUCUGCGAGAGUUGGCAUCUGAGGUUGGUUUUGAGGUAGAUGAGGAAGGAGCAUCUGUCAUAGAUCAUCUCCACUAUGAUGUCAGUGAUCUAGGCAAGCAUACCCUUAUUGUAGCUGAACCUACAAACCUAAUUCAGGCACCAGUGAUUACUGGUGUCCAUACUGUGGCACCACUGCUUUACCAAGGCACAGGAUUGGUAGCUGAUAGAGACAACCCAUUAGUACUUCAAAUAUUGUCAGCUCACAGCUCUGCUUACUCAUAUGUUCCUGAUGAACCUAUCAGGGAGUAUCCACACGCGGUUGGGCGUAAUAUGCUACUCAUUGCUGCUCUGCAAGCUAGGAACAAUGCCCGUGUGGUAUUCUCUGGUUCACUGUAUUUCUUUUCUGAUGAAGCUUUUACAUCACCUGUUCAAAAGGUGUUGGGUGGGAAGAAGUAUAAUAUAUCUGGCAACCAGCAAGUGGCUACUGCCCUCAGCCAGUGGGUGUUCAAGGAACAUGGUGUCCUGCAGGUGAAAUCUGUUUCCCACCACCGUCCAGGAGAAAAAGUCCCACCCCAAGCCUACACUAUUAUGGAGACAGUUGUAUACACAAUUGAGAUUGAGAAACUUCAGAAGGGAAUGUGGGUUCCAUAUGAUGCAGAUGAUGUACAGCUUGAAUUUGUUCGCAUUGACCCAUUUGUACGCACAACGCUCAAGAGAAAGCAGGGUGGCAAAUAUGAAGCACGAUUCAAGAUACCUGAUGUAUAUGGUGUUUACCAGUUCAAGGUGGACUAUAAUCGUGUUGGAUACACGCACCUCUUCAGUACCACACAGGUUUCUGUUCGACCUUUGCAGCAUACGGAAUAUGAGCGUUUCAUUCCGAGCGCCUAUCCAUAUUAUUUCAGUGCAUUCAGCAUGAUGGUUGGUGUUUUCUUGUUCAGUAUUUUGUUCCUGCACUAUAAAGAGGAUACAAAAAGCAAAAGUGAAUAAUAGUACUCUUCCAGUGCAUUUUAAAACAAUGAAUUAUACUGCCAGCAUGUAGUAAUAUAAAAAUAUGUCAUUUCUAUAGAAAGUGUGUUUGUGUGAAUGUCUGAAAGCAACAUUGUAAUAUCAUAUAAUAAUGUCUGGUUGUACAUUAAUAUAUUUUACAUUAUAGCAGUAGUAUUUCUGUUUGAAACAGUUUAUUAACAAUUUCUUGAAGGAUGGGGUUUACUUGGUUUUUUAUUUACAAGAUUUAUUUAUUCAAAAAUUUUAUGCCUGCUUGUUCUUGAAGUAUUUUGCAACAUAGCAGCAGCAUUAUCCAAUUAACCUUUAUCAUUCAGUAAUAAAGGAUUUAAACCCUGGUACUAAUGGGCUGCUAGCCAGACUUAACUCCAGAGAUUGAAGCAAAACAUAUGCUAGAGCAAUGCACAUCCAACUGGAUUUUGUGAAAGACACAACACAUAGUUGAUAAAGGUUAUGUCAGUUUACUGAACAAAUUAUUUAAAGUUGGGGAUUAUUUCUUUUUUCAUUUGCAAGAUUUAUUUAUAUUUUACUUUCUUGAAAUUUGUAUCUGUAUAAAAUGUAGUUAAAAUUAGAAUUAGUAUCCGUAUCUGCUUAGUAAAAUAUCAAAUUAAAGUACAUUCUUACUUAGAGCUCCAUUAUCAAUCAGUCAGUCCACUAACCACUUCCUUGAGGAGCAGAGAGAAAGCAGAAUGGACCGUAAUUAUUGUUAUUAUCAUAAAAUAUAUCCCACAAAAUAUCCACAGUAAAAGUGCAUUCCAUAUGUUUCUGUUGGGUACAAUGACUGAUGGUCAAUGGAUUCUUGUAAUUUCUAAAUAAUUUAGUUUCUAUACACCGUGUGAAUUAUCGUCAAAUGAAGGUUGGUGUGUAUGACUCCAGUUUAAUUGGUAAACAUGAAAGGAUUUACAGACUGUUUGAAUGUGCACCAUGUUUUAGAUAAGUGAACUUUUCAGGCUGUCAUAACUUUUUAUACAAGAUAUAUUUCCAUUGUCACUGAUGUAAGCAAGCAUAAUGAUUAAUUAGUUUUGUUUACUGUAUAGCAUUUAAUGUCACUUAAAUCAGUUUUGACUAAUAUAAUAUAUAUAAAUAAAAUACCAAUAUUUGUGUGUGGCAUGCUGAUAUAUGACUACACAAAUUUUAUGCAUCCAUAUUUUCUUUCACAUGACAUUUGUAUGUGAGUUAAGUGAAUGUGAAAGGUACUGAUACACACUUAGCAAAUAUACUGUUCAAAGAAUAUUAUUGCUGUUACAGCUGUAUGUGCAAAUGGCAUAUAUGUUGAUGAGACAUGAAUAAAUUAAAGAUUUGGCAGAACACUUUAUGUUUUCCACUUCUUUUUGAAUUCUGA